ACAUCGACAUACUCCGAAGCUGACGGUUUGAACUGUAAACAGUAGUGGGAGAUGGCUGCAAAUGGAGCAGAAUGUGAACAGCCACAGAAAAGACUAGGACCUAAAGACAAGCAGAAUGGCAGUUCUACAGAUUCAUCUCUGAGAGAGAGAAAGCAGCAGGACAGGGAAGAGCGUCUCUCUUUAGUGUUGUGGAGGAGGCCUUUUAUCACACUACAGUAUUUCUUCCUAGAAACCCUCGUUACCCUGAAAGAAUGGACGUGGAAGCUUUGGCAGAGAAGAGGUGUGGUGUUUUUGACCGUAGUCCUUUUUUCACUUUUCUCAAUGGCUUACUCAAUAGAAGGAGCACAUCAGCAGUAUGUACAGUACCUGGAGAAGAAGUUCCUGUGGUGUGCCUACUGGGUAGGCCUGGGUAUUUUGUCUUCGGUUGGACUCGGCACUGGAUUGCACACGUUCCUCCUGUACUUGGGUCCACACAUAGCUUCUGUCAUGGCUGCAUAUGAAUGUGGCUCAGUGAACUUCCCUGAGCCACCCUACCCAGCUCAGAUAGUGUGUCCGGAGGAGGAGGUCCUACAGGAGAGCAUCUCAUUGUGGACCAUCAUGUCGAAGGUUCGGCUUGAGGCCUGCAUGUGGGGUGCGGGCACGGCCAUCGGAGAGCUGCCUCCUUACUUCAUGGCACGGGCGGCACGGCUGUCUGGAGCAGAUCCUGAUGAUGAAGAUUAUGAGGAAUUUGAGGAGAUGCUGGAGCAGGCACAGAGCGCGCAGGAUUUUGCAUCAAGAGCCAAGCUUGCAGUGCAAAACAUGGUGCAGAAAGUGGGAUUUUUUGGAAUUCUGGCUUGUGCCUCUAUCCCAAAUCCCUUGUUUGACCUGGCUGGAAUCACCUGUGGUCAUUUCCUGAUUCCAUUUUGGACCUUCUUUGGAGCAACUCUGAUUGGAAAGGCCGUUAUUAAGAUGCACAUUCAGAAACUAUUUGUUAUCAUAACAUUCAGCAAGCACAUAGUGGAGCAGAUGGUCUCCCUGAUCGGUAUUAUCCCUGGAGUUGGAGCAUCUCUUCAGAAACCUUUUAGGGAGUACUUGGAAGCCCAGAGAGCCAAGCUUCAUAAUCCAGCUGGUGAAGGAACAGCAGCGGGUGAAAGCUGGCUCUCGUGGGUAUUUGAGAAAGUGGUGCUGGUCAUGGUGUGCUAUUUUAUUCUGUCCAUCAUUAACUCCAUGGCACAGAGCUACGCCAAGCGUCUCCAGCAGAAGAAGUACUCGGAGGAGAAAACAAAAUGACGGACUAACAGAAAAGCAUCUCACGCUCCUGUUUUGGAACCUACGAAAUAUUUAAGCUAAAACUGCUACAUGAGCACUGAUUUAUGUGCGCUUCUGUAUGUUAAUAUUCAUUCAGAUCCCCUUUAGUUACGUGAAGUCCCUCUUCAUUUGUCUGUAGUGUGCUCGACUAUUUAAAAUCAGAUUUAACAUUUAGAGAUUUUUGUCUUAACAGAACCAAGGCAGUCUAGCUAACAGGCUGUGUGGAGUCGUAUUUGUUGCAAUGCCUUAUGCAACAUUUGGAGGUCAUGCUUCCAUUGAAGUGAAUACAGUUCUUAAUCAAUAGAUUGACUUAUUUAAUUUCUAACAUACAGGUAUGGAUGGGCAGGGUCUGUUUUGCGAGGUUUUGUGAUUGGAAUUUUCAGGGAUAGUUUUUUUUAAUCAAUAUUGAUGUCAUUUUGUAUUUCUUUAACUGUUUGAAGAGGAUAGCAAUAUCAACUCAGAUCAUUGUGGUUUCUAAAUAGUUUGCACAUCUUGUAAAUAAUGUUUUGACUAUACGCACAUGAUGUUUAUUCUCCGGAGAUCUUAAACCAAAAUGUCACAAAAUAGUGGAUGUAACUUUUAACCCAAGAAACAGAAGAUGUGAUAUUUGCAUUUGUUUGUGCAUUACAACCUUUGACAUUUGAACUAAAACCAUAAGUUGAUCCAUACUUUCCUCUUUUCUUAUUUUGGGCUGAAAUAUUUGUGUGGCUAACUAUAAUUUCUCUCAGAAGUAACAUUAAAUUGAUUAAUACAUCUGCUGUGUUACAUGUGCAUUUUACGUUAAUCUGUGAAUUAUUACCCCCCUCUCCCCCCCCCAAAAAACUAUGAAAUUUUAUUUCUUUGGGUUCAGACCAGUGGAUGACAAGUUGUAGGAUGCAGCCCAAAAGAAGGUAUGUGAAAGGCAAUGAAUCUAUCUAUCUAUCGUUCUAUCUCUCUCUCUCUGACAGCUUAUGUACUCACUUGUAUAAACUUCGAGAAGUAGCAUGUUGUCCCAUUCUGUCAGGUAGCUUAUCAGACUGGUGUUGGCUGUAAGUCAUAUGUCAACAGCAGUCUAAUAGGCUGCCUGAAAUUUUGGGCUUAGUCACCAUUCACAUGUUUUCAGGGCUAAAUUUUGUGCCAGGAAUGUUGAACUGAAGAAUAUUUACUACCUGAUAAAUGUGUCUCCUCCAGUGUGCGAUGGGUCUGGGCAUUUAAUGGAUUAUUUCCUGGUUUGUGGAGGCAGAUAUAUUGUAUGUGAACAUUCAAGUACAGCAAAGAUUCAUCUUUUUAUUGUAAACCAACUAUAUGUGCGUUGUAAGAUCAAUCACUACUUUUUCUCAUUGCAUUCAGCUAUUUAUUUAAGAGAAAGAAAUAAUGUCAAGACCAGUUAGGCCUAUAUAUUUUCGCAGAAAAUGUUUUCAGUUUGUCAUAGUUUGCUGCUAUACAUUUCACAAUAACACAAUAAAAAGCAUUUUUGUACUCAA